UAAAAGUUUGAAGUUUCCAUGACUGACACAUGGGAUGAAGAUAGCUUUCUCCAGCAAAGCUUUGCUGGAGAAGAAAGCUUUGAUAAGCCAAGAGAUGACUCAGAAGAUGAUAUUAAUUACUUUCUGUUCCAGGACACUGAUGAACAUGUCCGAGAUGACUACACCGCAGGGUAUUAUGAACCAAAAUAAAAUAAAUGACUCUGGUCAAGCUUCAUGAGAUACCUCAAUAGUCAUUCCUGAAGAAAUUGUGAAUAAAAUUGAGCAUAGAAGUAGCCGAAAACUGAAGCGCCCUGGUAACUCUUGAAAGAGCUUUCCAAUACUUAAGAGAGUGACUCAGGGUGCUCCUCCUGGUAAGAUCAAACUCUCUGAUCAGUUUGACUCAUCCACUAACAAUUUAAGAGAUAGCUCAGCGUUUUCUUACCAAGAAACUAAGUUCAUCACAAACAUCAAUAGUAAGACAAAGCAGCAGUGUAAGAAAAAGAAGAAGAGACAUAGAAGGAAGAAGGAUUCGUACCUAUUUAAUGGAAAACAGGAUGUAAAUCCUUCCCACCAUUCUUCGUACCUCCAGUAUGUCAAGGAUCGGUUUCGUAGUUCAAAGGAUUUGAAAAAGCCUCAAGUAUCUGGUGUAAAAUCAGCCCAGAGCUUUCAAACGAAUUCUAGGCGGAAUUAUAGUUCAAAAUUCUGUGAAAAUAUUGUCAAAUCAAUGAGCGCAAGAGGUGGGGUGCUGGCUAAUUUUGGAGAGAAGAACUGUAAAGAGAACUAUAAGAGCCCCUUGCCUAAGGACAUGAAGCGAUAUCAGGAAAAUGCUCCUUAUCGGACUCCUCUCUUCUCAAUCAAUAGAAAUCGACCUCCUUGUCCUUAUGAAACAGGGGAGAGUUCUCGGAGGUUUAAGAAAAAGUUAGAUCUAUGGGCUAAGAAUUCGAAUUAUGAAAUGGAUAUAUCAAAUCGGUCAAAUCGGUCUAGGUUUAAAAUUCUGAAGUCCUCCAUGUCCUACAAGGGGUCUAAGUCACCUUAUAGCAAAUAUGAAAAGGUCUGCAGGGUUCAGUAUGAAAUCAAAAAAGAUAAAAAUAUUAAAUCUUCAAGGAAAUAUACAAAUAGUGGGUGUUGUAAGAAGACAAAAGCUCUUUCAGAUUCAAUCCGGUGAUAUUCGAGUAGAAAUAUGAAAACUCAUAAUAAGUAUUUUAACUAAGCUCAAGAACUAUUUUUGAAGCUAAGAUUUAAAAUUUUCAAU